AUGGAGGUAUGGGUGCCAGUCUUUUUUUUAGCUUUUUUUGGGUUAAUAUUCUUGAUUGUAUUUGCGUUUUUUCUGUUCAUCAGAUAUGGACUAGGAGAUCCUAUAAAAAGUGGCUGGCUUAGAAUUACUACAAACUUUGAGGGCUUUCUCUCCCCUUCAUCAUCAAACAUUAUCGGUGAUAAACAAGCCCUUGCAGAGAUAGAUCUUUUAUCCUCUUCGCAAGCCGGAUCUUCGGCCGCACCCGCGGCUACUGUUAUUCCUCCAGGCUUUUCAGGUGCCGGCACCAUUAAUAAGGACCCUACUUCCAUCUACGCAUGGGUGGUUCUUAGGUCGACAAGCCUUUUCCUUUAUGAAGGUGACCAACAACAAAAAUCUUGCUUCGGUGUGGCCUCUAUCGAGGAAUGCGAGAUUUCGCUCGUUCCAGCAGACUUGCGCCUGGACCUCUACUAUAGAAGAGAAAAUCCGAUCAUGGUGUCAUCAUCAAAUGGCUCCGUAUUUGCAAGAUCUCCGGUGAUUUUCCUCUUUGCACCAUCUGCAAUCGAAAAGGAAGAUUGGUAUUUAUUGAUGCAUGAUGCCAUCCAAAAGGAUCGGUCCAAUGCUUCAUUGGGAGAGGGUGGUUCUGCUAAUCGAAAGUCGCAUAUAGUUUCAUUUAUGAAAAAUUUAUCUGAGACCGUGAAAAAUCCGCUGCUUGACCAACAUUCCCAAUGGUUCAACGCCAUUUUUGGGCGGAUAUUUUAUAACGUCUUUGAGUCUGUCGAAUUACAAGAUUAUUUCAUGAGAAAAUUUAAUAGGAAAACUAGCCGGAUGAAGGUCCCCUUUUUUCUUUCUGAUAUCUCCGUCUGUAUGGUGGAGGUACCCAUUUCUUUGUAA